CUUAUAGUCAGUGCUUGUGUUUGGUGGCACAACAGACAUACACACUUGUCUUUCACCAAGGUAAAUAGAAAUUCCUCUUCCCAUUCUGGGUGGAAUUUGUACGUUUUCACUUUCUUUCGUGAAGUCUCCACCAUGCUAGCUAGCUACCUUGCAGGAUAUUACCAGCGAGUGCCGUAUAUUGAUGUUUGCCACAGUCUGUACUCUUAACUAAUCUAAUUGGUCACUUUGAUGCAGCACAAGCUACGCUUAAAUCAUACAACAGCUAAAUUGAGAGAGCGAGGGACGCUAACUUUUCAGUAAAAAGUAAAAUUAAUGCUGAUUAUUAACAUACUAUUGGAAAUGCUAAACAUGAAUACACAGGAGCAAAGGCAAAAAAUUUGAAAGAAAGGAAGAGAAGUACAACUGAUCAAACUUUUCCAUAAAUGGUGUAAUAUAAAUAGCGGCAUAAUAGAGUCAAAACCCAUGAUAGAUUAAAGUUAAGUCAUGAAUGCAUAAGUGAGUCAUUUUUACCACACGUGUUUUCUUUUGCUAUUGGACAGUUUGCCCGUUUGUUGGUUUACGUUUAACAUAAGCGAAGCUCUCCCACGCUCCAUGGAAACUUGACAGACAACAGCAUGACGUCAGAAGAUGCUGACACUGGGAAUGGAGAAAGAGAAACACAAUAACAGGGAAAGCGACUAAGUAUUACAGCGUGCACUGUAUUUUCCUUUUGGAGAGCAAGUUCCUCAAUGAAUCUGAAGGAAGUUCUUGCUGACCUUAUCCCCAAGGAACAGUCCAGGAUCAAGGCGUUCAAACAGCAGCAUGGCAAAACAAUCAUCGGGCAGAUUAGCAUUGACAUGGUGUAUGGUGGCAUGAGAGGAAUGAAGGGCUUGGUGUACGAGACAUCAGUACUGGAUCCGGAGGAGGGCAUUCGUUUCCGUGGCUACAGCAUCCCUGAGUGCCAGAAGCUUCUGACCAAAGCUGCAGGAGGAGAGGAGCCCCUUCCUGAAGGCCUGUUCUGGUUGCUCAUGACUGGAGAGAUCCCCACAAAGGAACAGGUAACAGAUUUGUGAGGAGGUUUGCUCUGCUGAAUGUGGGGUGGGUUCCAGGAUCGCAGUCAAUUGGGUCAAUUGUCACAUGCAUAAGUAUGCACAGGUACAAAGA